AUGGCCUGCUUCGGGUUCUUCGAGUUCUUGAAGCUAGAGGAGUUUAAAGCUGGCUUCACCCAUGAGUGGGCCAAGCUGACGGCUGCCAAGGCAGCGAAGCAAGAGCGGACAAAAGAGCGCGUGAAGCUGCAGGACCUGUCCGAGUUCGGCAUCGACACCGCGGCUCUAGCGAAGCUGGGCAUCGAUGAGAAGGCGCAAGAACGUGUCUGCCGGGCGAUGGUCGUGCACUCCCAUGGCCUCCGCACUGUUUUCCAAGAGGCCUCCAGCCGUGCGAGCAACUCCAAAGCAGCGUUGCAAUUCCUGUGGCGGGCAUUUCAAGCCGUCCUGGAGCAGGAGGAGGGUGGCCGUGGCGAAGUGCAGGAGGCCCGCUCCGGCGGCAUGACCCACCACAUUCAGGUGCGACCGGAGCAUGACAGCCCCGAUGGAGACGCAGAGGAGGAGGAUGCCCAUGAAGAAGCCCUCCCAACGGCUCUGGACGUGAACUCUGAGCACGAGGCUCGGAGGAUUGAGGAGGAGAGGAGACGGCGCUUGAAGGAGGAGAAGCGCGAGCAGGAGAGCGAGCGGAGAAAGAACUUGGGAGGAGUCUUCGCCUUGUCUGCGGACGACUUCGACAAGGUAUACACCGACAUGCCGGCCGUGCGACUGGAUCUAGCAGAGGUCAACAAUGAGUUGCACGCCGAAGUGCCGGCAGAAGAGACGCCAGAGGAUGCGCUGGAGGUGGAAGCUGUGUUUCCGUCGGGGCCACCGCUGCAGAUCCACUUUGAUGAUCGCGGAGACUGGGCAAUCGAGGAGGAGUAUGAGUUCGAUGUUGGGGCCAGAAGCUUCUGCGUUGUGCGCUCCUCCCAGGCCGAGCAGAAGCAGCAGAAGGUGCAGGAAUGUCAAAGCCUGCCUUCUGCCAAGCGCCAGGUGUUUCCAUGGCCUUGCCCCUACUAA